AUGGGGAGACAAAGCAAAGGUCGUAGAAAAUUGGAGAUAGUGAAAAUAUCAAAAGAGAGUAAUCUUUUGGUUACCUUCUCCAAACGCAGAUAUGGCGUUUUCAAAAAAGCUAGCGAACUUUCUAUCCUUUGUGGUGCUGAAAUAACCAUCAUAGUCUUCUCUCCUACCAUGAAAGUCUUCUCCUUUGGUCACCCUUCUGUUGAAACUGUCAUUGAUCGUUUUCUCUAUGGAAACUCUACCCAAACUUCCGGAGUUCUACAGCUUGUCCAAACCCACCGGAAUGCCAGGGUCCGGGAUCUCAAUUUACAGCUCACCCAGGUUACGACCCAAUUGAAUGAGGAGAAGAAGCGAGGUGAGAAGCUUGAUCAAGGCAGGAAAGCAGGUGAUGGUCAGCACUGGUGGGAGUCUCCCAUAGAGGAAUUAGAUCUGCCGAAGCUUGAGCAACUCAAAACAUCUUUAGAGAUACUGAGGGAAAAUGUGGCAAAGCGAGUUGAAGAACUUCUGAUUCAAACAACAAACCAUACUCAGUUUUAUAAUAAUCCAAAUCUUGCUCCUGUCCAUGAAGCUCUUCCAUUUGAUCCAAACAACAAGGUGAUCGACCCAAACAUGAUUUAUGAUCUUGGAUUUCCAAAUCGAAAUGGGUUCUUUUAA